GUUCGAUGAGCAUUUGCCAUCUGGUACUCGCGAUACAGCUGUCCGAGAAUGCCUCCAGGAGCACCACGAAAUGGCAAACGUCCGGCGGCCUCUCGUGAUGCGGACAAUACUGGCGAUGAAGGCUCAAAUGGCCCGGAGCAGAGGAAACUGCGGAACCGCAUGUCCCAAAGGGCUUUCCGAGCACGGCAGGCAAUGAGAAUCCAAGAACUAGAGGAACGCCUCGAAAAGACAUCGACACCUGCUGAGCUACAGGAUCAGAACGCCAAGCUCCGUCAACAACUGAUGGAGAUCCACAAAAAAGCCGUCAGUAUCCAGAUAUCGCUCAAAGCUGUGGCCGACUCCGCGGCGCAAGCCUUGGGCAUGGAAAAUGUCCCACUGGACAGCUUUGUGACUGCCAUAGACUCACGCGAGAGGUCAGUCUCCGGCAAAGCUGCAUCGGCGACUCCAGGCUCUACGAUCGAGCUGGCGAGGGCGUCCGACCGAAUGAACGUCCCCACAAGUAAUCCGGAGGCAUAUGUUCCAGAGGGAUAUGGGCACGAACACGCGGCGUCGUCGCAAACAAUCCGCGAUGGAGGUGCCGGAAUUCACUCAGCUCUGCAGGAACAGAGAUGGCACAAUUUCAACCCCAAUUAUUCGUCCUCCAACUUUGGAGCACCUGGCCCAGUGUUCCAAUACACGGACAAUUUGCCUAUGGGAAAGUCCCAUUCCACAGCAAACGGGUUCGUUCAGCAGGCCAUGUCUCUAAUGCCUCUACAGUCAUCGCAGCUCGGUCCCGAGCGAUACCAAGAUCUGGUGGAGAGGUCGAUGGCGCAUGGCAACAUGUCCCUAGUCAAAAGAACGAAUUCGAUCUUCUCUGAUCACAUUGAUACGUACGAACCAUGUCUCGCACACCAUUCUACUUUCGCUGCAAAACGUCAUUUGGGCGACGAGAAACUGGCGAGCGCCAUCUCCUGCGUGGUUCAAGCUUUCGCCAACAACACUUGGCAGUCCGCAACAGCCUGGGAUACGAGGACUUUUACCAACCUGCAGGCGUUGACUGCUUGGAGAAUGAAUAGAACAGAAAUGAACUGGCGAAGAAUCAUACCUCACUUUCGACCAACAGAAAUUCAAACCUUCUCCGCACAUCCAAGUAUCAUCGACUGGAUGCCAUGGCCUUCCAUCCGAGACAAUUUGAUCAUCUAUCACUCUGCCAACCCUAAGCUGGACCAGAUCAUUGACGACAUCGGCUCAUGUUGGGCCAUCGAAGCCGAUUUGUCUCAAUUAAUCAAGUGUCCAACACCCGUCGUGGGAUUUGUUCCGUUGUGGCCACUUGUACACACUGUCACGGCCUCGAACUGUCAUUCUGACAGUCCUAACAACGUCUGUCACCAUGCUUGCAAUACCAGGGUAUCAUCAGGAGACGAAGGUUGGGCAACACGGUCCGCUUCAGAGGCUGGAUCAGACGGAUCAGGGAAACUUCCGGCUGCAAGCGUAGAGGAGCUAUACAGCUCAGCAACUCUUGCCAGGGCGGCAUUUCAGGUGCUCGGGCUGGGUAUCCGUACUUAUAACGACUAUCGUCUGGAUCCAGUGCUCUUUGAGCGGUAUCCUGAGCUUUUCGACAGCCAAGCAGAUGUCAUGGCACGGGGGGUGCGGCUGGGAUUGCCGCCUCGCUUCACAGUCUCGCUCCAUUCAAGUGUUCCGCCGGUAGACCCUUCUGUGGUUGCACAAUAUCGAGAGUUGUCGGCGGCAUCGCUCGGGAGUGUGACUGCGGAGGUGGCAUGAUCUCGAUCAUUCUUGUUUCAGGCCAGAACACGACUCCCUCCUCGAACAUUGAUCGCGUUCAGACGGACGGGAGUGAGACUCUUGAUUCCUCGGAUUGCACGCGGGAGCCAGCUUUCACUGCAUCUUGAAACAUUUUCAGAGCAUGAUGUUGUAACAGAGAAUGAACGGA